CUUAGGGUCUACGUUAACCUAACGAGUUGCAAUUGACGUUGAUACAAGAUGAUAAUAACGACAUUGUGAUAUAAUAAUUUCAAAGUGACCAUUAAGCCCAGUUAUAAAAAAGAGAAUAAUACGCUUUAAAAAAAUGUCUAGCAACGAAGAGUUGAGUCGAGUUUUAAAAGACUUGCCACUCAAGAUUCAAAGUGGAAGCAGAAAUGAAAGGAAAGCUGUUUUUGAGAGCUUAAAUUCUAUUUUGACUAACCCAGCUUUUACUGAAAAUAUUGCCAGAGGUAUUUGCAAAGUUUUGCAGUUAACACUUCCUAGAUAUUGUGAUUCUGUAUCCCAGAGCUAUGUUCGCAGUUUCGUCAAAUCAUUGGCCAAUUCCCACCCUCAUUGGACUUUUAAAUAUUUAUGCCCAGUUAUAUUUGAGGCUGCAACAUAUAAUGUUAAUAUUGUGGCCACGAAAAGUACUGCCCAAUCCAGUCUACAUGCUCUGUCAUGGUCAGCAAUAUUAGUUUUAAAUGCAUUAAAUAAAUGUAAAGAUGAUUUUAAACAGGAAUUUGCAACUAUUUUAAAUGGACAAUCAUUAUUGUAUUCUUCUAUUUUAGGAUCUGGUCACAAGAAGAAAAUAAUGAAAGCAAAUCAUAUCCUCGUAACACUUUGGAAUUCAAACCCCUCUGUUUUAUCAUUUUAUGAGAAGGAGAUCCUAAGCUUACCUGAAUCAACACAUUCCAUUGUCCUUGCUUCGUUCUUUAUAAAGUACUUAUGCGAUAAAAAAUCGUUGGAUAUAACAGUCCACAAGGCCAGAAUUAUUGAUCUUAUUGUUAAAGUGGUGAUUAUGAGCAAAACACCAAUAGACCCAUAUGUUGUCCAAGCUUGUCGUCCUGCCUUUCAUCUUGCUUCUCACACAGAUUUUUCUGAGAUUCUUUUACCUUCUUUACAAAAAUCUAUGCUAAGAAACCCAGAGUUAGCUCUCCAUGUAGUUGGUAGGAUUUUGGGAAGUCUUUCACUUGAUCUUAGCCAAUAUGCUAUAACUAUUGGCAAGAUAAUAUCAGCAAGUUUAUACUGCAAUGAUGAAGAAAUUAGGAAUCAAGCAGCUGUUGCAUGUAAAAAUCUAGCAUUACAGUGCAGUGAUCCAGAUGCUGUAUCUUCUUUGUUGGAUUACUUAUUUCAAAUAUUUAAUGGUUCUCAAGGAAAACUUACAGUUGCAGAUCAUAAAAUAUCUAUACUUCAGGGCAUCGGAAAUUUUAGCUAUAAUGCUGUUACUGGAAGCAGUAUUCAACCACUGGCUGAAAAGGCUACUAAGCAUUUUAUUAAAAUUUUGGAAACUGAAGUUCAUGAAAAAACAUUAGUUCAUUGCCUGGAGAUGAUGUCACUUUGGUGUAGUAAAUUUAUAACUGAAGUUCCCAGUUGUGUGCUUACUUGGCUGGAAAAAGGAUUUACAUUAAAAACGUCAACUUCAGCAGUGAGAACAGCGUAUAUUGGUGUCAUGUCUGCUUGUUGUCAAUCUGGAACAGCAAGUGCACUUUUACAAUUCAUACCACUUCUUAUGAAAAGUGUAGAAAAGUCAGUGUCACAAUCAUCACAGGUACCAGUUGUGACUGAAGGUUUAUAUGCAGCCUGCCUUCUUUUAAAAAUCUCUUCAUAUAAUCCAUUGGAUUCAAAGCUUUCUUUCCUUUAUAGCAUAAUCCUGGAUAUGGAAAAACAAGUUUUUAUUUCUGAAAGAUUUCUUUCACAAGCAUCAUGUGAUGCUCUUUGCCAAGUAGUAACAUUAUGUGAGAAGAUUCUAAUGGAAGAUUCAAUUGGUUUGAUUGAUUCUGGUAAUGGCGGACCUGUAUAUCGUGCCCUUGUUAUGUGUCUUGUUAAUCACAAGGUAAAAACAAAAUGUAAGCCUGCAUUGUUGCGAAUGUUUUCAUCACUUCAAGGUACUCAGAUAGCGACUGUCCUUUUAGAAGAAUUAAAUUCUUUACUCAUGUCUAAUAAAUUUCAGAACCUUGGGAAAGAAAAUCGUGAAGGUUCUGAAAACCAUUCUGAAAUUAAACCGAGACAUUUGGUUGAUGCAGUUACACUCAUUUGCUCUGGCACCAAUUUAUCAAAAGAGGAUAAGAACAUGCUUGCCUUUCAUGCUAUUCUUCCUUCUCAUCACUCUAUAAUUACUUCAACACAAGGAAAUAUUUGGAUGAAAAUUAUAAAACAUUUGAAACUUGAACCUUUUAAGUUUGUCAAACAUUACCGUGAUAAAUUCAUUAAACUUUUAAUUGAUGACUUCAUCCCCCAUCCAUGUUAUGAAGGUGCAUUGAAUACCAUAGCAGAAAUCAAUUCAUCUUCAAUAUUGCAACCGCUUUUAGAUAAUGUAAAUAGUACAUUUGCUGAUGCUUCCCUUUUAAAUGUUACUCCAAUGGAAUAUGCCAUCUUUCAAAGUCCACCUCAUGAGCUCUUUGAUAAAUCUAUUUUACAAAGCAAAGAAAAUGAAGCAACUAUGAAUAUAAAAAAUAUGAAGAGAGAGAGUAAAGUUUACUCGUUCAAAGAACAACAGGAAGAAUUAGCACUAAGAAAAGAACUUGAAGAAAAAAGAAGAAAAGAAGGCAAAUCUGUCGAACCAGAAUUAACUCCGAAACAAAAGGAAGCUGUGAAAUCACAGAUGGAAAAGGAAGCAGCUAUUCGGGAAAAAUUGAGCAAGGGAGAAGAAAGAAUUAAAAAAUCAGUAAGCUUACUAUCUUGUAUCGUGGAGGGAGCACCAUUAGAAUUGGCAUAUAACCUUCCUUCUGUAGUGCCACCUAUUGUUCAUGGUUUACACUCACCACUUUGUGCUCCUCUACUCUCUGAACUAUAUUUAAAAUUACAUAAAUCUGCUUUUAUCACUGUGCCUAUUUCUGAUGUCACUAUUAGCAGAAUUUCUCACACAGCCCUUAGACUUCUUCGGCCAAAGUGCCCCAUCGACAGUGCCUGGGCUGAGCAGGACUUGAGCAAAGCAAUGAGGUGGAUGAUAAAUGAAAUCAAUCAGAAAGUAAAAUUUAUAACUUCUCCUGUCAUAAGCUACAUUUUACCUUCAUUGAAGUUUGCUAUUUCAUCAGAGUCUGCAAAUGAUCCCAUUGUGUCUACAGCUUUAAAUUUACUGAGUGCUCGAGCACGUUUAAGAAGCUCUGCUGAUAAAGUACCAGAUCUUCAUAGUCCUGCUCUCCUUCCAAGAAAACAAAUUAUGAUGCUUUGCAUUGAUAUUAUAUGUUCUUCCGGAGGACGAGUUCAACAGCACGCCAGUAAUUGCCUUUUAGAUUUAGCUCAAGCAUCAUCUGGUGGUCGGGGUUGUGCUUUUGCUUCUUCUGAUGAAUUAGACACACUCUUAACAGCUCUACAACAUUCUUCUUCAUAUGUUAGAGAUGCUGCACUUCGUGCUCUUCAUGCUCUAGUGCCAGUUUUCCCAAAACCAAAACAAAAUGCUGAUCAGGCCUUCCGUCUUGCCAAAAGGAUUUGGGUUGCGAAAUUUGAUGUUGUCACUGAAAACAGAGAGGUAGCUGACAAAGUUUGGGACGCUUCUGGUUUACAAAAAGAGACAAAAUUACUAUGUGAAGGGCUCCUGGAGGAUAUAAUUCAUCCUGUUGCUGAAAUACAACAAGCUGCUGCUUCAGCUCUUGCAGCUUUAUUACAAUCUGGAAGUACACAAACUAGUGUAAAUGUAGUGUUGGAUCACCUGCUAUCUAUAUACAAUGAAAAAAAUAAUAUGGUUCCAGCCAGAGUUGACAGCCUUGGUCGAAUUGUUGAAAAACCUAUCGAUACCUGGGAACCGAGGAGUGGGGUUGCUCUAGCUCUCGCACAGCUCGCUCCGCUUUUAGCACCUGAGAUUAUAGCAGAUCUUGCUAAAUUUUAUGUUGAAAAAGGUCUUGGUGAUAGAAAUGAAACAGUCAGGCUAAACAUGCUCAAUGCAGCUCUUGCUGCAGUUGACUUGCAUGGAAAGGAUACUGUCAAUACUCUGCUACCCAUUUUUGAGCCUGUUCUGGAUAAAGGUCCUGAUUGCAGCAGUUAUGAUGCUGUACGGCAAUCAGUAGUAAUUUUGAUGGGAAGUUUGGCAAGACAUCUUGACAAGGAUGAUAAAAAAAUCAAACCUAUUGUUGCCAAGUUGAUUGAUGCAUUGUCCACUCCUUCUCAGCAGGUUCAAGAGGCUGUUGCUAACUGCCUUCCAGCUUUGGUACCAAGUAUUAAAGAUGAGGCUCCCAUUUUGGUUAGUAAUCUUCUUGAUAGAUUAUUAUCAUCAGAAUCAUAUGGAGAAAGGAAGGGAGCAGCUUAUGGGCUUGCAGGAAUUGUAAAGGGCAUGGGGAUUCUUGUUCUCAAGCAAUUAAACAUAAUGACUACCCUUACCACCGCAAUACAGGACAAAAAAAAUUAUAAACAUCGGGAAGGAGCUUUGUUUGCUUUUGAAAUGCUUUGUAGUGUUCUUGGUCGCCUUUUUGAACCUUAUAUAGUUCAUGUUCUGCCACACCUCCUACUUUGUUUUGGAGAUGGAAACCCUUAUGUACGUGAUGCUACAGAUGAUUGUGCUAAAGUUGUAAUGAGUAAACUUUCAGCACAUGGUGUGAAAUUAGUUUUGCCAUCACUUCUUGCAGCUCUUGAAAAAGAUUCUUGGAGAACUAAAACAGGAUCUGUGGAACUGCUUGGUGCUAUGGCUUAUUGUGCACCAAAGCAAUUAUCUUCUUGUCUUCCAAGCAUUGUGCCAAAGUUAAUUGAAGUUUUAAGUGAUUCUCAUGUUAAGGUUCAAAAAGCUGGAACUGAAGCUCUUAAGCAGAUUGGUUCUGUGAUUCGUAAUCCAGAAAUUCAAUCCAUUGUUCCAGUUUUAUUGGAAGCAUUACAAGACCCUGCCAACAAAACUGCUACUUGUCUCCAAACACUUCUUGAUACCCAGUUUGUGCAUUUUAUUGAUGCUCCUUCCUUAGCCCUUAUCAUGCCCGUUGUUCAGAGAGCCUUUAUGGACCGAUCUACUGAAACCAGAAAAAUGGCAGCUCAGAUUAUCGGCAAUAUGUACUCUUUAACUGACCAGAAAGAUUUGACUCCUUAUCUUCCUACAAUCAUCCCUGGUUUGAAGACCUCAUUACUGGAUCCUGUGCCAGAGGUCCGUAGUGUAUCAGCUAGAGCAUUGGGAGCUAUGGUACGUGGCAUGGGUGAAGCCAGUUUUGAAGAUUUACUGCCAUGGCUUAUGAAGACAUUAACUUCAGAAACAAGCUCUGUGGACAGAUCAGGAGCUGCACAGGGUCUCAGUGAAGUUGUUGGUGGCCUUGGUGUUGAAAAACUUCAUAAACUUAUGCCAGAGAUCAUUAGUUCUGCUGAGCGUUCUGACAUUGCACCACAUGUCAAAGAUGGAUAUAUAAUGAUGUUUAUUUAUAUGCCUGUUGUUUUUACUAAUGAAUUCACUCCUUAUAUUGGUGAAAUUAUAGUUCCAAUUUUGAAGGCUCUUGCCGACGAAAAUGAGUAUGUCAGAGAUACAGCUCUCAAGGCAGGUCAAAGAAUUGUUAAUCUCUAUGCAGAAUCUGCCAUAACAUUACUUUUACCAGAGCUUGAAAAAGGUCUUUUUGAUGACAACUGGAGAAUCAGAUAUAGUUCUGUUCAGCUACUGGGAGACUUGCUGUAUCGAAUUUCGGGAGUUUCUGGUAAAAUGAGCACUGAAACAGCUAAUGAGGAUGAUAAUUUUGGUACUGAGCAGUCCCAUAAAGCUAUUAUUGGAGCACUUGGAGCCGAAAGAAGAAACAGAGUGCUUGCAGGACUGUAUAUGGGACGAUCUGAUGUGUCUCUAAUGGUUCGUCAAGCAGCUUUACAUGUUUGGAAAGUGGUUGUGACCAAUACCCCUAGAACUCUCAGAGAAAUUCUUCCUACUUUGUUCAGUCUUCUUUUAGGUUGUUUGGCUUCUACAAGCCAUGAUAAACGCCAGGUUGCUGCAAAAACACUUGGAGAUCUUGUUAGAAAGCUUGGAGAGAGGGUUCUCCCCGAAAUCAUACCUAUACUUGAAGAAGGAUUGGAAUCUGACCAACCUGACCAGAGGCAAGGUGUCUGCAUUGGACUUUCUGAAAUGAUGGCAUCCACGAGUAAAGAUAUGGUCCUCACCUUCGUUAAUAGCCUUGUCCCUACUGUUAGGAAAGCAUUGUGUGAUCCUUUGCCUGAGGUUCGUCAGGCCGCAGCUAAAACAUUUGAUAGUCUCCAUUCAACAGUUGGUGUUCGAGCAUUAGAUGACAUAUUACCUCCAAUGCUUCAGCAGCUUAAUAAUUCUGAUAGUGGAGUCAGUGAAUGGACUUUAGAUGGUCUGCGACAAGUCAUGGCUAUUAAAUCACGUGUUGUUUUGCCCUAUCUUGUCCCUCAGUUGACAGCAGCACCAAUAAAUACGAAAGCUCUAUCUAUUCUAGCUUCUGUAGCAGGAGAAGCUCUAACUAAAUACCUAAAUAAGAUUCUACCUGCACUUCUGACAGCACUCGCAGCCUCAGAUGCAUCUCCUCAGGAGCUGGAGUACUGUCAAGCUGUAGUAUUGUCUGUUAAUGAUGAAGCAGGUAUUCGAGUUAUAGUUGACGAGCUUCUAGAUGCUAGUAAAAAUGAUCGACCUGAAAAUAGACGUGCUGCUGCCACACUUCUAUGUGCAUUUUGUACCCACACUAGGGCAGACAUUAGCCAGCAUGUUUCUCAACUUCUACGAGGGCUUAUACUUAAUUUUACUGACUCUGAUCAGACAGUUUUACAAAUGUCCUGGGAUGCCUUGUCUGCUGUUACAAAGACACUGGAUUCAUCACAGCAAAUCAGCUAUGUUGCUGACAUAAGGCAAGCUAUAAAAUUUGCUGCGAGUGAUUUGAAGCCUGGAGAAUUACUUCCUGGCCUCUGUUUGCCUAAGGGAAUCACUCCUAUUCUGCCUAUUUUCCGAGAAUCCAUUUUGAACGGCUCCCCUGAAACCAAAGAAGCAGCUGCUCAAGGCCUUGGAGAAGUGAUAGCCUUAACGACUGCUCAUUCACUUCAGCCUUCUGUCAUUCAUAUUACUGGACCUUUAAUAAGAAUCCUGGGUGAUAGGUUCCCACCAUCUGUGAAAGCUGCAGUUCUCCAUACCCUUGCCGGUCUUCUUGCAAAGGUUGGAAUGAUGUUGAAGCAGUUUUUGCCUCAGUUGCAAACUACAUUCUUAAAAGCAUUGAAUGAUGGGAACAGGAUGGUACGAUUGAAGGCAGCAACAGCUUUGAGUUAUCUGAUUACUAUCCAUACCAGGCCUGAUCCGCUCUUUUCAGAAUUACACAACUCUGUUAAAGGAGCUGAAGAACCUGCAAUCAGAGAAACUAUGAUGCAAGCUCUAAGAGGUGUGAUAUCAGCAGCAGGAGACAAAAUGUCUGAUGCAGUAGUGAAGCAGGUUCAUUCAUCUCUUUUGAGUUUACUGGCUAACCCUGAAGACUCGACUAGAAGUGGUGCAGCUGGGUGUCUUGGGGCUUUAGUGCGAUCUCUUUCACCUGAGCAACUUGCAGUAACUCUCAAUGAUCAUCUUCUCCAAGAUGAUGCUAUAGCAGAUUGGACAUUGCGGCAUGGUCGCAGUUCCGCAUUAUUUGUAGCUUUAAAGGAGGCUCCAGAAAUUAUUUAUAGGGAUGAAUAUAAAGACAAGAUACAUAAGAGACUUCUAGCGUUUCUAGCUGCUGAUAGGGUUCCAAUUGCUAUGAAUGGUGUCAGAGGAUGUGGUUAUUUAUUUGAAUAUCUUAUGACUAACAAUGAACCUUUACCACACCCCCUUCUUUCACCAUUUGUUCGGUCGAUGAAUCACCAGAGCAAUGAGGUUAAACAACUCCUCGCUAGAGUUUGCUCAUAUCUUGCUCGAAGAGAAAUCAAUUCUCCAGAACUACUUAAAGCUGUUAUUCCUAUGUUAGUGAAUGGUACAAAAGAGAAAAACAGUUACGUCAAAGCCAACUCUGAACUGUCUCUGGUGGCUGUUUUAAGGUUAAGAAAUGGAGAUGAAAAAUUACAGAGUUGUUUAAGUGUUUUGGAUGCAGGAGCAGCUGAAGCCCUUACCGAUGUUAUUACUAAGGUUCUCAGAAAAGUAGCUCUUCAGCCAGAAGGAAAAGUAGAGGAACUAGAUGACACACUACUCACCUGAUGUGAGCUGUCACAAAUUGAAAUAAAGAAAACUCCUCCAAGGGGGAUAGGUUGAGUAUGUAAUUGGUCGAGUUGGGAAAUAUCAUGUUAAAUAUCUUCCUUGACCUCAGAUUGUCAGUAUUACAUGCCAACGUAUCCUCGUUUAUUUUUAAUAAAAAAAAAAGUUCUGAAAAAUGUAUGUAUGUCUGUUUUUAUAUGUUAUUGAAUGAAGUUUUUAACGUUUUAGAAAUUAUUGAAAUUAUGUUCCAGAUUUUUUUUUCAAUCAGAAUAAUUAAUUUUUGAAGAUUUUGUAUUUUACAAAGCUGAUUCAGACUCUCUCUUCUUUUGCAUAGUACUUUUGUGGUAAUAUCAUUUUAAAAGGAAAUAUGGUGUAUAGCAUGUUAGUGGUAACUUUUCUGAACUUCUGUGUAUAUAUAUAUUUGCCUAUCUAUUAAAACACACACUCACAUAUUUUCUCCUUUAAAAUUAAUUUUUAUUUUAGAAUUGCCAAUAAAUACUGAAGUCCUAUGUUUUCAUCCUGAAUAAGUUCAAUUAUGUUCUUCCAAAACACAUUGUUUUAUUUUGUAUCAAUAAAAAUAAUAUACUAUUUUAUUUAUUUGCUCUCCAGUUAUUAAUGUGUUAUUAUACUAAGAUAAAUAUAAGUUGUUGAAUAUGUUGGUAAUCAUUCCAAUUAAUAAAACUGAAUAAAUUAAAAAAUAAAGUCAGAAAAUUGUUUCAUUUUUUUUUUUUUAAUUACAUCAAAGUACAAUCAUGAAGAAAACGUAUAAUAUUAGUUUUAUUUAUUCUACUCGUGUUUAAAUGUAGUUUACAAUAAAGUUAUAUUGUUACCCUUAAAUUAUUAAUUUAAUGUAUUUUUCUUAUUGGUACAUGCAUAAUUUUGCUAACAAUUUUCAUGACUGUCAAUCUUUUCAUAAUUUCUUUUCCUGAAUUCUUUACUCAAAUUAUUUAUUACGUUCUUAUUAAAUAAGUAUGGUAUCUUUGAUGCUUAUGUUUUUUUUGUGAAAGUGGUUAUGAAACAAACUGCUCAUAUAAAAAAAACAACUACUUUUUCAUAAAUUAUUAACCAAA